AUGAGUAAUAACUAUGAUGACAACGAUGUUACUUUUCGAAUAUGUGCUGUUUUACCGGCAAGUGGAACGGGAUCAAGAAUGGCCAUGCAGAUUCCUAAGCAGUAUUAUGAAAUCGCUGGCAAACCCUUGUUAAUGUAUACCGUGGAAGCAUUCGACAAGAUAUCUUGGAUAGAGAAAGUGGUAAUCGUUGUACCAGAAGAUUAUGUAGAAUACACGAAGCAGCUAAUUAAAACUCAUAAUAUACGACGUGCUGUGGUAGCGACUGGCAGUCAGACUCGGCAUAGAUCUAUUUAUAAUGGUUUAACGGCGUUAAAAAUGAAUGGAUCAGAUCCUCCUGAUGUCGUAAUCAUUCACGAUGCUGUCCGUCCACUAGUUAACGAAGAUAUACUAAGAAGUGUCGCUAUGGCAGCAAUGAUUUAUGGAGCUGCUGGCUGCACUCGGCCAUUGGUGUCAACGGUGAUAAAGGCUAGUGAAGAUAAUAUUUUAGAUCAUUCGUUGCAAAGAUCACAGUAUCGUGCUAGUGAGACGCCUCAAGCUUUCCAAUAUGAUGUUAUUAAAGAAGCGUAUGAUAAGUGUACAGAUUACGAUUUCGAUUACGGUACUGAAUGUUUGCAUUUGGCGAAUAAAUACACGGAUUCGACGGUUAAGCUAGUUGAUGGUCCUCCAUCGCUAUGGAAGAUUACUUAUAAGAAAGACUUGUAUGCAUUUGAAGGAAUAAUUAAAGGUUUGUAG